GCGCCUACGCCGACGCUUGCAAAUCAACCCCCCAGCCCCACCGGCGUCGACGACGCCAACCUGUACAGCAGCAUGACCGAUGACGGCAGACCGGUAGCUGCCGAGGAAUCGUAUGACACUGGGUUGAUGCGUCUCAGCAGAAUCGGCAGCGGCGCCGGCGAAUGUCCAAGCCUGUGGCCGUUGCGAGCAAAAUCAAAAACACCGUGCAGGGUAAUUACGUUGGUGCCACGCCAAAGUCACCGACAAAGCCGGUAACAAAAAACUUGGCGUAUACGCUGAAGGACGGAAAGUACAAGUCGCAUAACCUUAAGGAUGCUGCGUCGGGAAGGAUACUAAUCAAGGAUUGGCAUCGGUGCUUUCGUCGCCGAUGCCCGUGCGCAGAUUGUCGCAGCCGAUGCCCUCGAAGCUCGGCGACACUGAUUGCUUGCUUGAGGGAAGCGCUGAGCUUGCUGCUGGGAUGAGCAGCGACAGCAGUAGAAGCAUUGGCAAUGGCAAUGAUGAUGGAAGCCAUGCUGGUGCCAAGCGAAGAGAGACAGAGGAGGGCCAUGGCGUCAAGCUACUGCUGCAGCACCAGCAGGUGCACUCGGCCAUCCAGCUGCUGCAGCGCAAGCUCUCAGCUAACUGGCAGGGCAAGGACUUUGACGGGCGGUCGUCAUCAGUCCAACAUCAGCAGAUGCAGCAGAAUCGAGAUCAGCAAUAUGUCAGUCGCAGCAGCAGCAGCAGUAGUAGCAGCCUCAGGUCGCCGAUUGUCCAGCACAGCCACCACUUCCAUCACCACGACAGGGAGAGCGAGGCCCUGCCGUUGCCCACUGGCGGUAUGUCCUUUGUACCACCACCAAUGCCUACGCUCUCAGCAAUGCCCAGCAACGACGAUUCCCAGUUGAAUACCAUGCCGGCAACCCGCGGAUAUGUCGACGGUGUGCCUGAGAGUUUUCCUCGACUAUGCAGUCUUUUGGCGCCAGAACGCACUGUGCCUCUUGUAGACCAGCAGUACCAGUCAGCGUUGGCUCGCAGUGGCAACAUUGAUAGCUCUGCUACCACUGGCGCAGCUGCAUCUCGUUCGCGCAGACUGAGCAUGAUCCGCGUUCCGCUACAAAAGUCUGGAUCGCACUUGGCGUCGGCGGCCAGCAGUAUUUGGGGCUCUGUCAGUCGGAGCAAAAGCACCAGUCGUGCGUCCAAGGCACAGUCUGUGCAUGGGUUGCCCCUGGGACUGACAAACAGCAUCGGCGAUAGUGUAAGCGGAACCCAAGCGCCCAUUGUGGCCAGACACAAGACCACCAUGGCGCUGUCUACAUCGCCGCUUGCUGCUGGCAAUGGUAUGCGUAUUGCUAGCGGCAACGACGAGGAUGCCAACUCGACCGUUGUGGAUUCGCAUCCGGUACUGAUCUCUGGUGACCAUAUUUGUGACGCUGCGAAUGACAAUGUCGGCGGGGCUUCCAAUGUAGAAGAGAGUGAUUUAUCGCAGAAAUCCAUGUCCAAGACUACCCUCUCAACCAAAACAUCGUCUGGAAACAGCAGCAUCAGAGCCGGAAAUAAUAGCAAUAGCAACAGCAACAAUAAUGUCGAAGAGGACGAUGGCAAUACAGACAAUUGUAGUUUAUUGGACGCCAUGUCAAUCCACAGCGGGCUUUCCCACGCAAAUAGCAUAACAGGGCCAGCCAAUUUUAUGGCCAACAAUCUGCCAACGCUUGAUCCGUACGUGGACCCUUACAAGUCUCUUCAGCUGCCCGAGUAUCAGUUGUUCAACGACGCACGUCGAGGCAGUAUGCAUCCCAAAAAUGGCACCAUGCUGAUGGCAGCGGCGCUGCCAGCAACCAUCACAGCGUCGUCGAUUGUCGACAAGCGGUUAUUGUACUUAGCGUCCGAGUCCCUCAAAUCCAUGGUGUCGGGCAUUCCGCUGGACCGCGAAAGGCUCGAGUUUCUGCGCGAGGGACUCACCCUUGGCGGCAUCACUGCGGCGACUAUAUGGUAUUGCCUGCCCUGGCUGCAUUUUGACCUUUUGCAGUUCGAUGAUGCGCGGCAGCGGCUGAUCGCCAUGCUGCUGGCGUUCUCUCACACUUGUCCGCUGGACGCUAUGCGGUAUUUCGAUAUUUCGAGCGACAGCGGCAAGAGGGAUGGCGUUAGCUAUGGUAUCACGGAGCGGUCUGUUUGGGACAGCAUGUCUCCAGUUGAUCGCAAGGAGUAUGCUGAUUUGAUGCGGCAGCUGGAUGCCGGCGUUGGGGCGGAUUCUGGAGAGGCGGCGGCCUGUGUGCCUGUAUUGUCGCCAUCGCAGGCAUGGAGGUUUGUUAUUAAGCCGCUGGUUUCGCGCGACAGCGACUUGUUCUACUCUGACUUUAAGGUCAUGGUCAUGGGUGUGGCCAGAUGGAGUUUGUCUCGGACCUAAAUAUACACGGUUAUACAUUUACACUCUUACAUCAUUGACAUUUUAUACCUAGUAAUAUUUUCAUGUACAUUUUUAUAUAAAUUUUGCUUGUUUAUCGAUAGACCGAGUAAAAAAAAUAUUUGUUUACUGGUCGUACAACAUUUUGGUAGCAAUUAAAUUUGUAAC